GGGACGGUGCCAUUUCUCUCUAGCGCCGACAAAUGCUGACCAAGUCCCAGUGAUGAACGCAGUUUUAAUCUUGAACUAAAUUGAUAAAGAGCUCGCAGCUCGUGCCCUUGCUGCCUGAGAUGAAGCUGAACCUAGCGUUGUUAGUGGUAUCGUUUACGGUUUUGAACUUGCAGUCGGUCGAAAAUCGAGCAGUGCCCCAUCAUAGGCAAAGGAAUGCAAAUCAGAUCACCCAUUUCCGUAAUAUUAUCAACAAUACGAUCAACGAAUCACUGCCGAAUGACGCAGUAAGCCUUGGAAAGCUUCCUAAUGCUACAGAGCUUAUUCUGGAGUCCUUUUCCAUGGCACGCUGCGAGGAAUCGUUCUUCUACAGAAUUCCUCACACCAGAUAUCUGACCUUCAUGUAUGGAAGCAUUCCCCUGAUUACCUUCUGGUCAAUGAAACUGGAAUCGCUGGCCGUGUUCCAAACGAAUUUAAGCACUUUCGAAGUUCUUCCUGUUGUGAAUACAGCCUUAAAGGCUCUACAGAUCAGCCGAAACAGAUUGAAUACAAUUUCCCGUAAUCUAAGAUACUUGGAAGGUCUUACUUCACUGGAUUUGUCACAGAACGAAAUUGAACAGGUGGAUCUCGAUGUGUUUAGUAAAAUGGUUCAUCUGAAAAAGUUGGACCUUUCGGUCAAUCGGAUCACAUCGAUCGAUUCCAGUCCGGAUCUGACGCUUACCAUGCUGAAGGACCUGAUGAUCAGCCAUAAUUUGCUGCAGGAGUUCCCCCGAUUUCCGGAAGCUUUCCCUAAGCUGCAAACGAUUCGGCUGAUGGGAAAUCGAUGGACCUGUGCCUGGGUUAGCCAAGCUCGAAGAGACAUCAUGGACAAUCGGAUUGUAACCUUCGGUCUCGAUUACAUCUGUAGCGAAUUCCGUCAGGGAGGACUCUGUUGCUAUGGAGAUUUAGAAGGAUCCAGUACAACAACCGAGGCUGCGAUACUAAGGGAGGGUCCUCUUAUGGUCCAGAUCCAAAAACUGGCCGUUGAUCUGUCCCGGUUUCCAUUAGAUCUGGAAAAUGAUCAAAUUGUGGAACUGUUGACACAAAACUCGACAAAUGGAUCCGAGCGAACUUUGAUUGGUGUGCGGCAUGACAAAGUGGAAGUGUUUUUCUGAAUGUUUCUAUUGUUUUGUAAUAAAUACUCGUAUCUACUUCAACAAAGUCUUC